AUGCGUGAGAUGUCACGACUCAGCAUGCGCCGCUACCAAUCGCACCUGGGCGAGAUGCCCGAGCCCCUGAGAAAAGUCGCCAUUCUGGGCAAGCCUGUGUUUAGCGCCGGCCUCGAGUUUUGUUGGCAGGUCUACGAGGCUCAACUGCAGGAAUCGAAGGAGAUUUGUUCAGCCUUUGUUCUUACCAAACUUGUCACCGACAAGACGGGGAAAAUGAGGAAACGCGAAAUAAAUUUGGAAAUCUGCCGCAAGGAAAUAGGGACUCUGCGCAAUCUGCAACACAAAAGGAUUCUCAAGAUAUUCACCGAAUCAGAAGAGAACUGCUAUUAUCUCUCCUGGAUCAGUGAGCCUUUAGCGGGCACACUCCAAUCUCUUCUCGACAAAUCUCCAAGAGGACAACUUCUGGGGAUGGAGCUGGAAAUUAUACUUGGAGUUUUUCAAGUAACAGACGCUCUGCGUUACUUGCAUGGAACCCAGAACCUGAUGCAUUGUAACAUUUGCCCAUCAUCCAUUUUUGUCAACAUCUGCUUCCAGUGGAAGUUGGGUGGAUUUGGACUUGCGGAAAGCAGUGCUGACUCAGUGAAGGCUAGCUUCACGGGUUUCAACCCGAAAGGUGGGAGGAACUUGCAGCCAGACCUGGACUACAUUGCACCAGAGGUUCAGUUGCAUCACACAAUGUCUCCUCUGGCGGAUAUCUUCUCCCUCGGCAUGGUGAUCUGCUCUGUCUUCAACGACGGGGUCUCCCUUCUCCAUUGCGAGGGCAGCGUGGCGAACUAUGUGAAAUGCAUUUCAUGCUUACCUCAAAAGUUUCAAGAGAUCAGUGAUCGAAUGCCGAAACCCCUAAUUGAACCAGUACGAAAGAUGAUCAGCCAAGAUGUCCGAGAACGACCCACAUCCCAACUCCUUGCCCUGCUCAAGCUCUUCAAUGAACCCUCCCUCCUCUCGUACGAGGGACUCUUGACUCUUCAAACUCGAUCACAAAAUCAGAUCAAGGAAUUCUUCAAUCGUUUCGCCAAAGCCAUUCCCGAAUUUGAUGAGGACUUCCGUUACAAGAAGGUGCUUCCACUGUUGUGGGAGUGGUAUGACAGUCACCCUGAUCUUCAGUCCUUCGUCCUCCCCUCCAUCCUAGCCGCCACUCACAUUGCUGAAAGGGCUGAUUUCGAUCUCCACCUGCACGACCGACUCUGCUCCGCACUGCGGAGUCACAGGAGCAAACAGACAAGUCUAGUUGCACUGGAUUUGGUAGAAUUCUUCAUAAAAUACCUCACAUCCGAGGAAAUCGUUGAAAUAGUUCUACCCGACAUCGCCAGCUGCAUCAGGAUUGGCAGUCGCAAGUCCCUGGACCCGGUAAAAAAUGCCGUCUACGUUUUGCACGACUAUCUUGGACCAGAAGAGCUAGAAAAUCACGUCUUUCCACUACUAAAAGACGCUAUCGAGGAGAACGAUUCUUCUGGUUUGAUUCAGAACGUGAUGCUGGAUUGCAUAGAAAGUCUCGUUCCUCACUGCAGACCGGUAUUCGUGACCAAGGACCUGCUUAUCUUCCUGGCCUCCAUGCCCACUGCCAACAUCGAAGUUGUAUUUAAUGUUGCAGGCAUCUUUCGUAAGGUGCUUUGCGACUGCAAGUUCCAUGUCCCCUACUCGCUCAUCGCGACAAAGCUACUGCCUCCACUGAUACCCCUGCUCAUCUCAAAGAAACUGAGUCUCACAGAGUUUUGCGCUCUCAUGGGAGUGGCUCGUUUGAUGCUGGAGCAAAUUGACCGAGGAAGGACAAUCGAGUAUUCACGAAAAAAAAGUCUGAGUGCAGAUGAGGGCAUCAUGGAUUACAACCCACAAUUGACUUUUCCCGAAGUCCUCCUAAUCCCAACCAUGUCAAUCUGUCGCGCCCGCGAUCCCAUUCCUCUGGCCAAUUCGAACGCUUUCUCGAUUGGCAUCCAGUCCAGUACGUCUCCUUGGAGUUCUAGUCGACAGUUCCUAAGUCGACUUCGAGCUUCCAGUCAGUGCUCGGAGACCAUGCUCCAGAGAGGUUCCACACCUUUCGCUGGUCUGCAGUACCUGCGGCCACAGGACAAGACACGUAGCAAUCCCAGCUUUGGCCAGCGGCUUUCACUAAGCCUUCUGCCCAGGGCCUCAAGAGCUGCCUCGUGGAACAACUCGGCUACUGCACUGGCGGCACUGAAACGACGUCGCUCCUCCGGCGGCACGUCCCCACGUCUCUCGAAUGAUCACUAUGACUACCUGGGUGUGGGUAGUCGGACGGGCACGGGCUUUCUGGACCCUCGACGCCACAGCUAUGGGUGCUCGGGCACCUCCUCAGCCAAUUCGCUACUCACCGGUGGAGUCUGUGAGGGUCCCUUUUCCUCCAGUCCUCUUCAGUCCGGUCAAGGUAGCCGACGUCCCUCCGCUCCCAUCUUCGAUCGGAACAUGGGAUCGGCCAGUUACCCGCAAACAGGACAUUCACCUUUCACCGGGCAGCCUCUGGAGAACGUUUUCAGCAAGAUUGUGUUGAAAGAAAACAUGACAUUAGGGCAGAAGGUGUAUUUGCGACGUACAGAACGGCUGGAGAGGAGCUACUGGUCUGGCUCGGUGGUCAUACCAUCCAACGGAAGUUCAAAGGCGGAGGCUUAA